AGCACCGUAGUUCGCGCUACGAAUCGCACUCCCAAAGUGACAGCUUGAUAUAAAAGUCUUUGAAAAAGUUCAGUAAUAUUUUUGUUAUUUCAAAGUGUUCUUCAGAUCGUGUUGUGUAGAUUUGUUCCAAGAUUUUUCAAUGAAAACGUCAACGGGGCUUAUCCUGCUCCUCCACUUAUCUCUUAACACAGUCGACGAAGGCCACGCCAUAAAUCCAAGUUGUUCGUGUAUCCGCUACACGUCGACGUACGGCAAGGAGCGCGGCACGUUCAGCAGCCCCGACUACCCGCGCGCCUACCCGCCGCGCAUCGACUGUCUGCUCUACACCUUCGUGGCCGCGCCGCACGAGAUCGUCGAGCUCGUCUUCACUGACUUCGAUAUCUAUAAAGGACAUUUAGAAUGCAUUCGGGGCGACUACCUAAAGGUCUACUCCGAAGGAGGUGUUCACGGUCCCGGCCCUCCCGGGGUCAAUGAGUACUCGGCCUGGUCCCGGGUCCUCUGCGGCAGCCGGGCUGAUGCACCUCCAGCCUUAUACUCCCAUGGGCCCCUGCUGGUGCUGGAACUGCAUACGGGACCUACAGCGACAAAUGCUACUGGAUUUGUUGGGAAUUACAGGUUUAUUGAUAGAAGAAAUUUCGAGACAGACGGUGUACAAGUGGCUGAGACGUGGUGUGAUUACGUGUUUCAUUCUCAAGCAAACAGACCCGCGCAUGGACGGUUGUAUAGUCCUAGAUACCCGUCAAGUUAUCCCAGCAAUGUGAGAUGUACUUAUCACUUUAGCGCAAGGCAAAACGAGCGGAUCAAGUUAGUUUUCGAAGAGUCAUUCCUUCAAAAAGGCGACGAGAGCUGCCUCAAUCGCGCAGACAUAAUAAAAGUGUUCGAUGGUAGAACUUCAUCGAGUCCAGUGCUUGCCAUGCUUUGUAAUGAAGUUAUAGGUUAUGAAAUACUAUCAACGGGACCAGACUUAUUGGUACAGUUUACAGCCAACUCGAACAUUCCUGGCCAAGGAUUCAAAGCGAGAUACCAGUUUCAAAUGGAGGACGACCCAAACGCAGAUGGGGAUAUUAAUAAGAAAUCAAGUACUACGGAAGCAAUAUCCGGCUUAGGACCGGCCGUAAGCGCCGCAACGUCAUCGUGCCAUCAAGUAUUCAGCAGUGAUAAGAGCAAGACUGGGAAAUUGACGUCGCCACUCUACCCGGCACCUUAUCCUCAGAAAACGCAAUGUCAUUAUGACUUCCUAGCUCGAGGCAGGGAGAGAGUCAGACUGGUUUUCGAAGACUUCAGCUUACAACGAAUAACAGACAAUAUUAUAGAUUGCGAGAGUAUGGAUUCUCUCGACGUAUUUUUGUAUGUAGAUGGUCGACUUGAGAAGAUGGCAUCGUUUUGCGGCAACGAUAUACCGAGGCCAAUAAUGUCGAAUGGACCCAAGUUAUCUAUCGAGUUCCGUGGAAUAUACUCAUCGAGACAUAGUCGAGGGUUUAAGAUAUCAUACUCCUUUGUUGAAGAUUACGGGAUCGCAACGGGGAGCCAACUUUUAGAAUUUCCAUGUGCCUUCGUAUUUAAUAGCAGUGAAAGAGGCAGGGGGGUUGUGACGUCACCAAACCACCCUGGCCUCUAUCCAAGGGACACAGAGUGCAAUUACUUCUUCUACGGCAACGAAAACGAGAGAGUACAUUUACAUUUCACUUAUUUCGACGUCGAAGGUGUGGUCCCAUGUGAAGCUGUAUCAGCGAGUGACUACGUCCAAUUCUACAGUCAGAUGAUAGAAUCACAAAGCCACAGGCACUGUGGUCAGUUAAAAGAGCUCCAAGUGACGUCACAGAAGAAUUUCCUAAGGAUCACUUUCAAGUCCAACGACAGACUUGAUGCAACGGGCUUCAAAGCCAACUACUUAUUUCUAAGAGACUCUGAAAUGCAUAGUAUAACUAUGCCCAAUGCAAUAGAUAAAGGUGUAACGUGUUACACGGAAAAAUUACUAAUAUUUGUAUGUCUGUGCAAAGCCCUUUGGAAUAAUAGAUAAUGAUAAUUUUAUGUGCUAAAUGAGAGAAAUUAUGGAAUAAAACUAUCUGUGUUACUA